AUGUCAGUCUCAAUUGGUAGAGGUGAUCGAGCUUUUUCUUUAAGUGAAUCUUAUGAAGAUUAUAAGACAUUAGUCGAUUUAAUUAUGGAAUCUGGUGAAAAUAUUGAUGAUCACAUAAAAAUAUUCAUGGAUAAAUAUCAAGAAAAGUUCGCCUUUAAAUUAUAUGAAUGGUAUUUGGAUGAAGAUUUGUUAAGUCAUCCGCAUGUCUCUGAACAUAAAGAAUGGCUUCGAACGUUUCUAAAUGAACGAAAUUUAGGUGGAAUAUCUUGGAUGCAUGAUAUAUACAUGGAUAAUUACAAUGAUGCUUCAAUCAAGUUGCGGUUAUUAGCUCAAAAUGAAAAGCGUGUUAGGAAGCGAAAGACUUUUCUUAGCAUUAGUAAAUUAACUUUCUUGGCUGGUCUAAGUGAUGAAAUGGACACACAAAAUGAGGAUGUACAAUGCAAUCUUGAAGGCAAGUAUAACUUAAUUGAAAAUGGAUUUGAACUAAUUGACGCAUAUAGCGUACUUCAAGAUCAAUUCGUUGAAAUUAUUACUUCAGAGGAUCAAACAGCUGUAGAUGAACAUAAACAAGUAGAUGUGAUUGUGGAAAAGGCUGCUAAAAAUAUCAAACAAUACCGGCCAAUGCAUGCAAAGGUGUUUGCACAAUGUGUGCCAUAUAUUUUGAACGGUGAAAUGCUUCCGACAGAAGGAUUGAUUGAAGUAUUGACGCUCAAAGACAAGAAAGAGAAAGAUGAUUUUCCAUUUACUUUACAGUUUGCGUUAAAUGAUGACAAGCUGCCUGAUGAUCGUCGUCGCGCAAUAUUGCAAACCAUAUGGAGAAGAAUAUACAUAACUGAUAGGUGGGAUUGCAUAUCAAAUACUAAUGAUAUGUCUGAUGAAGAUGUGAACGAACAGAUUAAGGGGACUGCAGUAUAUCAUACUUUGGAUAUUGUUAGUCAAACUGCUGAUAUCCCAUUAGUUCAAUGGUUUUGUCCACCUACCGAAGCAUUUUUUGCAAGUACCGAAGAACAGCUUCGUAGACGAUUUCAUGAAUUCAAUGAAGAAGAGUUAGCAGGAUUGAUUGAGGACUAUAAAAAGGAAAAUACAGCAUUAGAGAAG